AUGCUACCGGUACCACCAGCCUCCCUUAGUCGAGGGGGCUCCCCUUCCACGAUACAGAGCACCAGUCCCUCGGAUGAUAGAGAGACAACAGAGUCUACUUUCAGCGAGAUCCAGGUCGAGGUCAAGGUUGGCGACAACGGCGACAUCGAGGUCAAAUCACCUGUUCUGGAUUCCAUGCAACGCGCCGCCCACAACACCCCUCUUCCCAACGGGAAUGGGGGCGACGGAGGAAGUGGUAGUGACCGCCCCUCCCCAACCCCCAUUCGAACCAGGCCAGAACCAUAUUACAGCAACGAGGACAUCACGAUCCUCCACGAAAUCGUCACUAAUGGCGAGGAAAUUCUUGACUCGCUUCCCGAGCGAGAACGACUCCCGACGAACGCGCUAUUCAUCGCUGCAGACACUAUUCUUCCCAAAUAUGGCUACGAUUCAGAGGAUGUCCCACACAUCUCGCGCCUGUUGUUCCGCAUCGGUGGGGAGAGGAAUCAGGAGACGUUGGUGGAAAAGUUCAGAUCCUUGUUAGCGAGCAUGGGCAUUGAAGUUGUCUAUACGGAUGACUCGAUGAGUUCAAUGGCUGAGGACGGCGACGAUGCGGACUUGACUGAUGGCGACCAGACAGGAGGCGGGCCGACCCCAAGGCCACACAUAAUUCAGCGGGACGAAUCUUCACCGCCGGAUCCGGGCCUUGCGCUACAGGUUCCGCCGCAGGACAGGUUCGGCUCGCCCAGUCCAAUGCACUACGCGCCACACCGGAGACGCAACUCGGAUAGCAUAGCUCUGUCCUUCGUUGCACCUGGGAACGAGUUGUCCAAUGCUGAAUCUCCGAUUCGGCACACCAGGGCGCAUUCAGCAGCGGGCGAGACGCCGGACUUGAACAAAAAGGGCGUGAGAUUCUCGGACGUGGUGGAGACUCAGAGUAUCUCCGAACGUUCCUGGGAGCAGAACGCCAGCGGGCCCUCUACCAUCGAGAAUAUCCCUUACCGUCCCAAACCAGGGGCCAGCGCGGAACCCGACGGUUCGAGCCAUGGGCUUAAUGGUUCAGCCCAAGUUCGACCGCCAAGUUCGGCGCAAGAUACCGAUGCCCGGCCUUCGACUCGGGCAGAGAACCGGGAUCCUCCAGACUUCAGUAAUUUUGGCCAACACGCACGAUCCUCAGAGGGACAAGCGAAAGAAUAUCUGCCAAAUGGUGUGAUGUCGGACGAAGACGUCUCCAGCAGCAUGGACUUGGUCGGCGAGGAGGCCGAUUACGUCGAGGAGCCAAGUCUCCCUGAACACCCCCCACAGUAUGAGGAAGAGCAUGACACCCGAGAAACAGAACGCAUCGAUGAAGAAUAUAACGAUUUACGACACGACGAAUACUCGGUAAAAUUACCAUUCAGGGACGCUUCCGACGAAAAGGAUAUGAGCAAAGCCCAGGUUAACUAUCUGAUGUCGAGAGAGCAGAUGUUUAGGAUGUCAUCCUUCAACCAUUGGGCCAGGAUAGCCCGCCAGACAAAAACUCGGAACAUCGAAUUGGAAGCGAACGCGGAGGUGUGGGAUGCGUGGGGGACAAUGGGUGAUGCUCUUGAGGUCUGGAUCGAAACUGCGCUUACUAUGCACAUCGACGAGAAUGAUGGUCUCCGAGCUUAUCAAGAGCACAUGCGCGAAUUGGAGGGCCUCGAACGUGACAGAGAGUCUGCCGAGCGCGGCGGCGAAGCUGCUGCAGCAGUCCCACCAGUUCUCCCUGGCGAAAGUGUCCAGCCUCGCGUCCGGCAAUCUAUCGAACGCAGCAGAUCAUCUGCUGCGCCUUCCAGGGCAGUGUCUGAAUUAAAGGACGCGGAUAGAGAGGUCAUGGGCAAAUCACCAUCAGUCGAGAGAACAUUUGUUGAGGAGUUGCCAUAUCGGCCAGCACCGGACAGGCGCUUUCAAGAAUUUCAAGCUCAGCAAAUGCAAUCCUUCAGCAGCGAAUGGGAUCCGAAUAUCGGUUCCAGGCAGGAUUCAUUCUACGAUGCCCCGGAAGAGCGAGACGAGGAGGCAUGGCUCGACAGCGACCUCAGCCUUCGCUCACAGUACCACAUCGCAGCUGCGGCAUGGGACUACUUCAUCCUGUCGAAAGCCUUCACACACUGGGCUAAUCGUGCAGAGGAAGAAGAGCAACGCACGCAGGUCGCGAGACGCCACAUUCUUCGGAAGAAGUGCUUCAGCGCCUGGAUUGAGGAGGGAGAAAGAGAAGAAUCUGAAUCAGAGAGCAAGGCAGUGUGGUUUUCUCAGCUGGUCGCUAUGAGGGACUGGCGAGAUGCUGCAGAGUCUCAAUCCGGCGAGCAUAGAAGGGCCCGGGCGCUGGCCAUUCGCAGAUAUAAGCGUGACUUAGCUGAAGGUGCGCUCAUCGUGUGGUAUCAGGAAUCCAAGAUGCGACUGGCUCUGGCAAUCGACCAUACUCGCUUGCGGUCAGCCUGCUUCCACCACUGGCAGGGUGAGUCUGGCUGGCUCUCUUCUGCGCACGAGGAAGCCGAAGGCAUCUUCCGAGGUAGCAUGCUCGGGAGGUACAUGAGGCACUGGAAGACAUCAGCGCGCGUACAAGAACGAGCCGAAGAUGGCGCCGGACCGAUCAUUAUUCGUAGGGACGAGUUUCUGAGGUCCGGCCUGUCACUGGCUUGGCGUCAGGAAUCAGAGGAGUGCAAAGGCCGCGAAAGGGUCGCCAUACUCCAGGAUCUAAAGGAGCAUGCGAAGCACUGGAUGUACGAGACGAGGCUGAGAGCCUGGCAGGAAGAGCAGGAUACAGAGUUACUCGACAGUUCCACGUAUCACUGGUACUGCGAAUGGCGAUUGAUCUUGUGCAAACGCGUCACUGAGCGACAGGACCGGGCUCGUUUCUGUGAAAAAUGGACCGACGCGGCGAGACAGUCGCACACCAACAGCCGCAAUAUGCGCCACCUGGCCCGUGAAGUUCGCUACCAUGACUCGAUCACCGGCUUCUUCAACGCCUCGAUAGACGCCAUCGAACAACUCGAAGAAGGAGCCAUGUACGCCCGCGGCAUGAUCCUUCGGCGCGUGGUACCGAAAACUAUCGAGCAGUGGAGUCGUCAACUCGAGCCUGUCACCCGGCUACAAAACUGGUCUCGUCUGGGGCGUUUCUACUCUAUUAGUGAUAGCGUGCUGAAGCAUUGGCGCGAAGUACGCCGGCAAGAAUGGCAAAGUCGCAUGCGCAAGUUGUACAAGGAUUUUCGCUACCGCGUCCGAUGCGACACGCUCAGGGAAAGCCUCGACUCGUGGCGGCAGAAAUCUGCAGACGUCGUAACUAGUGGCUGGGAAGCAGACGACAUCCGCGCCGAGGACGAUGGCGGCUUUAUCUUCGACGUCGCGCAGGCUUGGCGCGAGAAGCACGAGUACUACACCUUCUCCGUCGAGGUUGCCGAAGACGCCGACAAAGAGGCCCACCUCGUGCUCUGGCACUCACUUAUUGAGGCGCAGGAGGAGGGUCGGCUCGACGCAGCCGAGUACAACUUUGCGCAGACAGCGUCGCAGUACUGGGAGUCCUGGGAGCUGGCGUCAGUAGCCCUCCGGGGCCGCGAUCGCGCCGCGCACGAGUUUAUGGGCCACAAUUCGCGACGGGACCGGCGCCACUUUUUCGGUGUUUGGGCCUCGCAGACGAGCGGCGUCGGACCGGGCGGGGACCGCGUGCCCGAGCUCGGCGGCAUGAUGGACUUCCGGGCGACGAGGCGCAACUCGAGGUGGAACACGCCCGCGCCCGUAAACGACGGGAGGAGGUCGAGGAUGGUCACCGACUACACGCCCUUCCGGACGCCCGCGCGGCCGAGCUUCACGCCUGCCAGGCCGAGCUUUCUCAGCAGGGUGACUAGCACUACGCCCGCGUACAAGCCACCGAGCGAGCUGACGUUUGAGGAUGAAGAGGAUCAUGGUCUGGUGGCUUGA